GCUGUGUUGGGUCUUCAUCUCCGUGCGAGGGCCCCCCCCAAGCUGUGGCAAGCGGGGGCCACUCUUCAUUGCGGUGCGCAGGCCUCUCACUGUCACGGCCUCUCUUGUUGCCGAGCACAGGCUCCAGACGCGCAGGCUCAGUAAUUGUGGCUCACGGGCUUUGUCGCUCCGCGGCAUGUGGGAUCCUCCCAGGCCAGGGCUCGAACCCGUGUCCCCUGCAUUGGCAGGCAGACUCCCAACCACUGCGCCACCAGGGAAGCCCUCCACCAAUUUUCAAAUCCCAGGCUGUGUGCCCCCCUCUCCGUGUCACGUCUCUGCAGAGGAGUCCCUUCCCCCUUUGAAGUAGCGGGUGUGGCUAUUGCUGGACUACGGAAGCUGAUCCAGCCAUGGCGACUCCGUCUGCUGCCUUUGAGGCCCUUAUGAAUGGAGUGACAAGCUGGGAUGUCCCCGAAGAUGCCAUCCCGUGUGAACUGCUUCUAAUUGGAGAGGCGUCCUUCCCGGUGAUGGUGAAUGACAUGGGCCAGGUCCUCAUUGCUGCCUCUUCCUAUGGCCGAGGCCGCCUGGUGGUGGUGUCCCACGAGGACUACUUGGUGGAGGCCCAGCUCACUCCUUUUCUCCUCAAUGCAGUGGGUUGGCUUUGCUCUUCCCCUGGGGCUCCUGUUGGUGUACACCCAUCCCUGGCACCUCUGGCCAAAAUCCUUGAGGGCUCUGGUAUAGAGGCAAAGGUUGAACCAGAAGUGAAAGACUCCCUGGGGGUUUACUGUAUUGAUGCCUACAGCGAAACCAUGACUGAAAAGUUGGUCAAGUUCAUGAAACGUGGAGGGGGCUUGCUAAUUGGAGGCCAAGCCUGGGAUUGGACCAACCAGGGCGACGAUGAAAGGGUUCUGUUCACGUUCCCUGGGAACCUUGUGACCAGCGUGGCCGGCGUGUACUUCACCGACAAUAAAGGGGACACGAGUUUCUUUAAAGUCUCUAAGAAGAUGCCCAAGAUCCCCGUCUUAGUUAGUUGUGAAGACGAUCUCUCUGAGGACAGAGAUGAACUCCUGCAUGGGAUUUCUGAGCUGGACAUCAGCAACUCGGACUGCUUCCCGUCCCAGCUGCUAGUGCACGGGGCUUUAGCCUUUCCCCUGGGGCUGGAUUCCUACCACGGCUGUGUCAUAGCGGCUGCCCGCUACGGCCGGGGCCGGGUGGUCGUGACUGGCCACAAGGUCCUUUUCACCGUUGGUAAACUGGGCCCCUUUCUGCUCAAUGCUGUCCGCUGGCUGGACGCGGGCCGCAGAGGCAAGAUCGUGGUGCAGACAGAACUGAGGACUCUGAGCGGCCUGCUUGCAGUGGGGGGCAUAGACAGCAGCAUUGAGCCCAAUCUGACCAGCGAUGCCAGUGUCUAUUGCUUUGAGCCCGUGAGUGAUGUGGGAGUCAAGGAGCUGCAGGAAUUUGUAGCAGAGGGCGGGGGCCUGUUUGUUGGAGCCCAAGCCUGGUGGUGGGCCUUCAAGAACCCAGGAGUGUCCCCUUUGGCUCGGUUCCCAGGAAACCUCCUCCUCAACCCCUUUGGCAUUAGCAUCACCAGCCAAAGCCUCAACCCCGGGCCCUUUCGUACUCCUAAGGCAGGGAUAAGGACCUAUCAUUUCCGUUCCACCCUGGCCGAGUUCCAGGUUAUAAUGGGCAGGAAGAGAGGGAACGUAGAAAAGGGCUGGUUGGCAAAGCUGGGACCGGAUGGCGCAGCUUUCCUGCAGAUCCCCGCAGAAGAGAUCCCUGCCUACACGUCGGUGCAUCGGCUCCUAAGGAAGCUGCUAAGUCGCUAUCGGCUCCCAGUAGCGACCCGAGAGAACCCUGUCAUCAACGACUGCUGUAGGGGUGCUAUGCUCUCCCUGGCCACUGGGCUGGCCCACUCUGGAAGUGACCUCUCUCUGUUAGUCCCAGAAAUUGAAGAUAUGUACAGCAGCCCCUACCUGCGCCCCUCGGAAUCUCCUAUCACUGUUGAGGUCAACUGCAACAAUCCAGGCACCAGGUAUUGCUGGAUGAGCACCGGGCUCUACAUACCCGGGAGGCAGAUUAUAGAGGUCUCGCUGCCCGAAGCUGCUGCCUCUGCUGACCUGAAGGUACAGAUUGGCUGCCACACCGAUGACCUGACCAGGGCCAGCAAGCUGUUCCGAGGCCCCCUUGUGAUUAACCGCUGCUGCCUGGACAAGCCCACAAAGUCGAUCACCUGCCUCUGGGGGGGCCUCCUGUACAUCAUUGUGCCUCAGAGCAGCAAGCUGGGCUCUGUGCCCGUCACGGUUAAGGGGGCUGUGCAUGCUCCCUACUACAGGCUAGGGGAGACAUCCCAGGAGGAAUGGAAGAGGCGUAUCCAGGAGAAUCCAGGUCCCUGGGGAGAGCUGGCUACAGACAACAUCAUCUUGACAGUGCCAACCGCAAACCUUCGCACUCUGGAGAACCCUGAGCCACUGCUACGCCUCUGGGACGAGGUGAUGCAGGCCGUGGCCCGGCUCGGGGCUGAGCCUUUCCCCCUCCGUCUGCCUCAGAGGAUCGUUGCCGACGUGCAGAUCUCAGUCGGCUGGAUGCACGCAGGCUACCCCAUCAUGUGUCACCUGGAGUCGGUGCAGGAGCUCAUCAGUGAGAAACUCAUCAGAACCAAGGGGCUGUGGGGCCCUGUGCACGAGCUGGGCCGCAACCAGCAGCGGCAGGAGUGGGAGUUCCCCCCGCACACCACCGAGGCCACCUGCAACCUGUGGUGUGUCUACGUGCAUGAGACGGUCCUGGGCAUCCCUCGAGGACGAGCCAAUAUCGCUCUGUGGCCCCCAGUUCGGGAGAAGAGAGUCAGAAUCUACCUGGGCAAGGGUCCCAAUGUGAAAAACUGGAACGCGUGGACGGCCCUGGAAACGUACUUACAGCUCCAGGAGGCCUUUGGGUGGGAGCCGUUCAUCCGUCUCUUCACUGAGUAUAGGAACCAGACCAACUUGCCCACAGACAAUGUCGACAAAAUGAAUCUGUGGGUGAAGAUGUUCUCCCACCAAGUGCAGAAGAAUCUGGCUCCGUUCUUUGAGGCCUGGGCCUGGCCGAUCCAGAAGGAAGUGGCAACCAGCCUGGCCUAUCUGCCUGAGUGGAAGGAAAAUAUUAUGAAAUUGUACCUCCUCACACAGAUGCCCCACUGAAACCGAAGUCAAGAAACGUAAAAGAGAAUUGACACAUCUCAGCAAAGAAAACUGAAGGAAUUUGGUUAUAAGUGAAGAAGAUCUCAACACAUUUCUGGAAGAGAGAAAGUGGAAGAAGUGAUAAUGAAAGAGUGCAGCUCCUUUCAGACGGAAUAUAAGCUGAUCUGAACACGUAACCCCAAAGAGAUUUGGGCACCUGAAAAGUCUGUCUACUAAAGAAUUAUGUCAGUUGUGAAAUUGAACCCCAUCUCAUUCUACCCCAACCUUUGCACAGAAUACAGGCAACCUACCACUGGUUUCUGUUAAGUCUGUUGUUAUUGUUGUUGUUUGUGUAAAGGAAUCGAAUAAACUGCUUGAGGAGA